AUGACUUUCCAGAAAUCCUAUUCGGAUCAGGUGGGCAGAAAUAAGCGCUCUCCAUGGCAGCGCUCGAGGAGCAACCCCGUGCUGCAACAGCCCAGGCCUCGCCCUCUCCAGCCAGUGUCUGAGGUCACCAAGAAUAGACUUAAUAGAUUUCAAUACCACCCAAAACCCGGCGAAUCUGUUCCAGACGACACGGAGAACAAGCAAAACACAGCAAAUUGUCGAACCACGGACGAUGUAACGACCACGCCUGCCACCCGAUUGACCUGGCGAGACCUAAUGGAAAGUGGCGAAGCUGAUGAUGAGACAGCUUCGCCAAAUGAUCGACUACUUUGGGACAACAGACAGGACAAUCUUUAUUUGAACGCACUGUCACCCAUGUUGACUCGAAAAGGAAGAAAACGUGCCAGAAGCUCGUCGCCUGUAUCUUCACCAAUUGCGGAAAAGCCAAAUACGCCUUCAGUCAACGUUAAAAAGCUAGCACAGGCCCUCAAGUCUCCACAAGCAGACCCUACGUUAGAGCUCUGGGAUCGAUACUCCCUAAAUGGACACGAUACUGCGGAAACCCCCCUCGGACUAGCAAACCCAACACUGGCGCAGCUGAUGGUAUCGUCUUCGCCAAGGCCGAUGAAACCAGCGGCUGGUGAAGCUAGUCUACGACGAGCGAUAAGUUGUGGGCUGAACUGGCCUAAGAGGAGAAGAAUAGAAAGAUCGACUUCGGGAAGUCGACUAAGCAGCGAGAAGGAAGAUCUGGAGGCUUCGAAAUCUUCAAUGGUAACGGCGUUACUCGAUACGGUGACUAGUAGCAUCAACGGGCAGAGCGAGGAGCCUCAAGAUACACCAGAAUCUCCUUCUCCUAAGAAGAGGCGGAUAUGUGCUACUAGUAGUGGCUCUCCAGUCCAGAUAAAACCUCAACCUAGACCUCAACCCCAGAUACCGCCACCUAUGCAAGCCCCUGCGCAGAAACAAGCUCGAUCGCCGACCCCAAUCAAGGCCCCAGAGCCUGCUUCCUCGGACUAUGGGGAUGAUGACUUUGGCGAGUUUGACGACGACACCAUAUUGCAAUUGGAAGCGAGCAUUACUGCAACACAAUCAGAAAUGGAAACGCAACCAAAGGCAGCGACGCCCAAAAACACAGUACUGGACGAGUUUGAUGACAAGCUACUGGAUGAAUUUGAGGACCUGGACGAUGACAUCUUCAACGAAGCGGAAGACCUCAUAACAACCGAUUCGCAACAGGUACCUCAAGCCCCCAAAACAGCAAGACCCGAAGAUUUGGACGAGGACUUUGGAGAUGCCUUUGAAGGAGACUUUGAUUUCGAAGCCGUGGAAUUGGCAGCAACUCAAGCAGCCCAAAAUUCCUCCGGAGACAGCCGGAAACCCAAAACAAUUCAACGAUACCUGGUUACGAAUGUUUUAGAGGGCGAACACGCGGAUCAGUACGGGAAUGCAAGACCAGAAAAGAUCCUUCUUAUCCAGGCCGACAACUCGAAAGACAUCAAGACGGUUCAUUUGAGAGGGUCGUGGUAUGAUACACCAGCCCAUGCAGACGCCUAUGUCCACGUCAUAGGCGACUUCACUGCAAGAGGACAAUGCGUUGUCGAUGAUGCGCAAAAUCUUCUCAUUUUACAUCCUGACCAACUUAUAUCCGCCACUGUAGUUGCUGAUUCUUUUGGGUGCAUGCGUCGCGCUGUGCUCCAAGACCGAGUCAAAGCUACCAGCCCACCGACACCACCACUCAUUUACGGCACCAUGCUACACGAAAUAUUCCAGGAGGCACUCCUUGCCAACAAGUGGGAUCUGCCAUUCCUAUGCGCAGUCAUUGAGCGGAUCACAGAAAAGCAUGUCGAAGAUCUUUACACCAUCAAGGUCGGCAUACCGUCGGCCAGAGAGCACUUGCAGUCGAAGAUGACAGAGUUGAGCUAUUGGGCUGGUGCUUUCGUAUCUUCGCAAGCCAAACCUGAUGCAGUCGUUGAAGACCGAAACGGAAAGAAAGCCAACAUGGCUGUUACUAAGCUUCUGGACGUUGAAGAACAUGUUUGGUCUCCGAUGUACGGACUGAAGGGCAAUAUCGACGCGACCGUUGAAGUUGUGAUGCAAGAUGGAAAGAGUUCUCGCACCUUGACUGUGCCGUUCGAGGUCAAAACUGGCAAGCACGCAAACAGCAACCACAUGGCACAGACUGCACUCUACACACUGCUCUUGUCGGAUCGAUAUGAUAUUGAGAUCGCGUAUGGCAUUCUCUACUACAUGGAAACGUCAAAAACAAUGCGCAUUCCUGCGAUUCGACAUGAACUCCGACAUAUGAUUAUGCAACGAAACCAGCUGGCAUGCUACGUCCGUGAGCGAAGCGUUCAGUUGCCGCCAAUGCUCAAGAGCAAGCAUAUGUGUGGCAAAUGCUACGCAAAGACAUCAUGCUUCAUCUACCAUCGACUGGCCGAUGACGGUGACGGAGAGUCAAGUGGAAUGAAUGAGAAAUUCGACGAGCUUGUCAAACACUUGACUCCCCAGCAUCAGCAAUUUUUCAUCAAGUGGGAGAAUCUGCUUACCAAGGAAGAAAAGGAGAGCCAGAAAACCAAGAGAGAGUUAUGGACGAUGACUAGCGUCGAGCGCGAGAAGAAGUCGCGGUGCUUUGCCGAUGUUAUUAUUGAAGAGGGAUCAGCAUCAGUCGACACAGACAACCCCAAGAUCAAUCGUUAUCACUACACCUUUAUUAAGCGAAACCCGAUUGCCGGCUUCUCAUUCCUCGAGUCUGAGCUGACGGUGGGCGAGCCGAUCGUGGUUUCGGACGAGGAUGGCCACUUUGCCUUGGCCAUUGGUUAUGUUACGGCAGUCAAGAGGCAGCGAAUCAGUGUCGCGGUUGACAGACGCCUACACAAUGCUCGAAUUCGACAACCUGGGUUCGAUGAGGUUGAUAACCAGGUCUUCGCCAGUAUCAUGGAUGUCGCCCACGAGGGUGCAACUCAAGAUGAGACUAGUGGCAAGAUUAAAGAGGCUCCUAUCAGAUACCGACUUGACCAGGACGAGUUCAGCAAUGGAAUGGCAACUGUCCGAAACAAUCUCGUGCAGAUGAUGGCAGACGACAUUUUCGGGGCGAGGCAAACCCGACGACUGAUAGUUGACUUGGAGGCUCCUAGAUUCAAGGCCGCCGCAACUCAGUACACGGUAUCGGAUCAAGACAACCUCAAUGUAGACCAACAUCGAGCCAUCGAGAAGGUUAUGAGUGCUCAAGACUACGCACUUGUUCUUGGAAUGCCAGGUACUGGAAAAACAACAACUAUUGCUCACAUCAUCCGGGCUCUUACAUCCCAAGGGAAGAGUGUACUUCUUACUUCACACACCCACACAGCCGUCGACAAUAUUCUCCUUAAACUCGAGUCGGACAGGAUACCUAUUCUUCGUCUUGGCGCCCCUGCUAAGGUGCACCCUCAAGUUCAGCAGUUUGCUACUCUUGCCGGCCAUCCGAUGAAGUCGUUUGAAGAGAUCAAGGAAGCUUGGCACGGAACACCGAUUGUUGCAACAACGUGUCUCGGUAUCAACCAUCCCGUAUUCCAUGAGCGGACAUUCGACUAUUGCAUUGUGGACGAGGCAUCUCAGAUUACUCUGCCCAUUUGCGCAGGUCCCAUCAGAAUGGCUCGAACCUUCGUCCUCGUUGGCGAUCACAACCAACUGCCUCCUGUGGUGAGGAACGAGGAGGCGCGUGAAGGUGGUCUUGAUGUCAGUUUGUUCAAACUAUUAUCCGACACCCAUCCCGAGUCGGUUGUCAAUCUGGAACACCAGUAUCGUAUGUGCGAAGACAUCAUGACUCUUAGUAACACGUUGAUUUAUGACGGAAAGCUUCGGUGCGGCACAGAACAACUCAAAAAGAAGAAACUUUACGUUCCGCGCAUGGAGGCUCUGAUGCAGCAUCAUUACGAUGCGUCAACUAUUCACGCAGCAACGCCUCGAUCGUUCUGUUCUGCGCCUGGCCCCAACCGAUGCUGGCUAUACGACCUUCUUGACAGUGAGGCUCGGGUGCGUUUCAUUAACACUGACACCAUCCAGCCACCUGUACGUGAAGAGGCCCAAGGCAAACGUAUUGUCAACUCAGCUGAAGUUCGCAUCGUCUCUCAGCUUGUUGAAAGUUUGUUAACCGUUGGAGUUCCGGAUACAGAUAUUGGUGUUAUGACACAUUAUCGAGCGCAGCUAUUUAUGCUGAAAGACAAGCUCAAAGCAUUCUCUGGAGUAGAGAUGCACACAACAGACCGUUUUCAAGGUCGAGACAAGGAGGUUAUAGUCCUUAGUCUGGUACGAAGCAACGAAGCUUGCAAUAUUGGAGACUUAUUGAAAGAUUGGAGACGAAUUAAUGUUGCGUUCACGCGAGCAAAGACGAAGCUGCUCGUUGUGGGAAGCAAAUCGACGUUAAAGGGCAGCGGGAGCGACAGCAUGUUGAGCCAAUUCAUCUCUCUCAUGGAGGAUCGAAAUUGGAUUUAUGAAAUGCCUGCAAAUGCAUUGGAGAGCCAUUAUUUUGAGGACUUUGGCACACAAAUUACGACCGCGGGUGCUACGCAAAAGACAAAGUCACCACGCAGGAAAACCAUUGGAAAGGAGAAUCGUAGGCAUUCACCAAAAACGGCCAGGAUUAGCGACAAGGCGUUAUUAAAGGGAAAACUUAUCACGAGGGAUAUAUUGAACGAAAUGACCAAUGGCGCAUAUGUUUGA